GACAGACAGCAGAUCCGCUGCCUCACUGACUGCGACACCUUAACAACCACCAAACAGCACCGACACCAAACAGAUGAAGGAGAGCCAACUGUAGGCGAGGAAGAGGAGGUGGAUCGGAGGCUUUCCUAAAAAUAUAGAGAAGAAAAAAAAUAUCAGGAGAGGAGGAGGAGCGGGGGCAGUGAGCCGGGUGGCCGGGACACGGAGCCCGUCCAGCGGGGAGAAAUCACCGCCGCGACCGUCACAUCACAUCAGUGCUCGGAGAUGACAAAGGCCUAGUGAAGCAGAGCGAGAUGUCGCAGAAGAAGAUAUUCCUGGUCUUCGUCGCCAUCAGUACUGUCAGUCUGCUGCUGCACCAUGGGGGCCACUUGAGCUGGACCAUGGAGGCCUUCCACCUCGGUUGUCCUGCCCUCCGCUCUCACCCUGCCCCGGGCCUGAAACCUAAACACACCAAUGUGGCCUUCCUCAAGACCCACAAAACGGCUAGUACCACCAUGCAGAACCUGCUUUUCCGCUUCGCAGAGCGCAACAACCUCACGGUGGCGUUGCCCGUGCAGGCCUGCAGCCACCAGUUCUGCUACCCACGCUCCUUCACCUCUCACUUUGUCCACCCACACACGCUGCCGCCGAACAUCAUCACCAGCCAUAUGCGCUUCAAUAAGGCAGAGCUGCAGCGCCUGAUGCCCAACGACACAAUAUACAUCACGAUCCUGAGAGAGCCGGGCUCCAUGUUCGAAUCCUUGUUUAGUUACUACAACCAGUACUGUCAGAGCUUUAAGAGGGUCCCCAACGGCUCCCUGGAGGCUUUCUUAGAAGAGCCUUGGCGCUACUACCGACCAGAUGAGAAGGACUCCAUGUACGCACGCAACACCUUGACCUUUGACUUGGGCGGAGACAAGGAUCGCCCAGCGACAGAUGUGGCAUAUGCCCGGGCCUUUCUAGCAGAGGUGGAGCGAGUUUUCUCCCUUGUGAUGAUUGCCGAGUACUUUGACGAGUCGCUGGUUCUCCUUCGCCACCUCCUCUCUUGGGAUCUGGACGACAUCCUGUAUGUUAAACUCAACAUGCGAACACCAAGCUCAAAGCGGAGCCUGACGCCUGGACUUCCUUCAAAGAUCCGUGCCUGGAAUUCCUUAGACGCACGUCUCUAUGACCACUUCAAUGCCUCCUUGUGGCGCCAGCUGUCAGCUCUGGGUCCAGCCUGUGUGGCAAGAGAGGUGCGGCUCCUUCGGCGAGCCCAGGAAAGGUUAAUGAGAAGCUGCUUUGGUGGGCGGAUGCCACUUCUCCGAUCAGCUGCGCAGAUCAAAAACAAGGAUCUACGUCCCUGGCAACCUAGUGGGAAAGUCGAUAUCGUGGGCUACGACCUCCCGGUAAAUCUCAGCCGUGGGUUCUCGAGCCAAGCUCAGGAGCUCUGCCUCAAGCUCAUCAUGCCAGAAGUCCAGUACACUCGGGUGCUCCUACGUUCCCAAUCACUGCGGUACCGCCGAGGCUACCAGCUCCGGCCUCCGCAGCAGCAACAUCCCCUCCAGCAGCCCAUACGCACAGUCCUGCCACGGCAUGCUCAAGUGCAACGCAGCCAAGUCCCCCCUGCCGCCCCGGGCCCUGCAUCAGGGACAGGGUCCACCUCCACCUCGAAGCCUGCUGCAGGAAGUCAAAGUCGGACCACAAAGUUAGGACCUAAAUCCUUGCAGACCCAGGCCUCACAGACUGAAAAAUAGACUUGAAUAUAAUAGUGCCCAACAGACUGCAUUGUCCUACCCAUCCUGACCCUCGAGACAAUGGUGCUUGGUUGAUUGGGGGUGUUGGGAAUAGGGGCGUCCUUGGAAAAAAAGUCUGGGUUGUUCUUGAAUCAGUGUCUCU